AUGUCCGAAGCUUCCGACACUCAGAAAUUCAACUGCUCUGCUUUCUUGCACAGCUUGGCACAGAAAGUCACAGCAAUGUCUGGACUCUCCAAGAUUGUAAAGUUCUCCUCCCCAGGAGUCUCCGCCAGUGGAACCAAAUCUUCAAUUUCAACGACCACCACCAGUUCGAUCAGUCCAAACUGCGCAUAUGUCGCCCGCCAAAAGUACAUCCGCGAUCGUCGUCUUGUCACGCGUACCGAUGUACGCAACCGCAUGAGCGUUUGGGUCCGUUUGUUCGCCUGGUGCAGCGGAGGAGAGAAGUCUGACCAGGAAGACGAGACAAUCUUCACUCUCCGAACAUAA